AUGUCAUUCCUCGAGUCCCGCUAUGUGGACUGUGGUGACGACUUCGGAGGCGGGAUGAGCGCGCACCUCUCCCCGUUCAUCAAGAAGCACGGGCCUGCUGGGGGCAAUCCCGAGGUGAAGGUGCAGGGAGUCGACUCGGACGGUCGGCCGACUACACACACCUUCGAGCUGCACGAGAACCCAAACCCUGAUUACCCAACCCUCGGCACUCACGACGCCUGCGUCGAUCUCUGCACCAAGUUCGCCGAGACGCUCGUGCGAGACCUCAGCAACCGGUUCAAGGGCUUGGACUCCCUGGUGGGAAUGAGGCUCUUCAUGCCAGACGAGUGGGAGGAUGGGAGAGCGGAGCGCCACAAGCAGUGUCUUGAGUGGCUCAUGUCACUCGUGAUGCUGUUCAGGGCAGAGGACACGGACUACAUCAUUCUAGGUUAUCUAAUCCACUCUCUCUCUCCCUUCUGUUCUUUCUGGCAGGGAUCUGGCGCAGCUACAAGAAGCGUAGCUACAAGAAGCUAUGUGGCGGCACCUCCAGCAAGAGAGGGGGAGGGCAGUGGUGGCAAAGGAAAGGAGGCAGUUGAGGAGGAGUUGGAAGCACGGCAGGCUAAGGGAAGUGAUGAUGAUGAUGAUGACAAUGACAAGCAGGCCUCAUCUGAUGAUGAUUAUUGA